ACAGCCACCCAGAAUUAGGUCUCGCGCAGCGGGUACGGGUGUCGGCCAGCCAUGCCCGCCACCGUGGAUGACAUCUUGGAGCAAGUGGGAGAGUUUGGCUGGUUCCAGAAGCAGUCCUUCCUCAUCCUGUGCCUGGUCUCCGCGGCCUUGGCCCCCAUCUACCUGGGCAUCGUCUUCCUGGGCUUCACCCCCGAGCACCACUGCCGGAGCCCCGGGGUGGCCGAGCUGAGCGAGCGAUGCGGCUGGAGCCGGGCCGAGGAGCUGAACUACACGGUGCCCGGGCUGGGGGCCGCGGGCGAGACCCACCUCCGCCAGUGCAUGCAGUACGCGGUGGACUGGAACCAGAGCGCCCUGGGCUGCGUGGACCCGCUGGCCGGCCUGGCCGCCAACCGGAGCCAGCUGCCGCUGCAGCCCUGCCAGCACGGCUGGGUGUACGACGCGCCCGGCUCCUCCAUCGUCACCGAGUUUAACCUGGUGUGCUCCGACGCCUGGAAGGUGGACCUCUUCCAGUCCGGUGUGAACCUGGGCUUCUUCCUGAGCUCCCUGGUCAUCGGCUACAUCGCGGACAGGUUUGGCCGGAAGCUGUGUCUGUUGGCGACCUCCCUGGUCACCGCCGUGUCCGGGGUGCUGACGGCGGUGGCCCCGGACUACACGUCCAUGCUGUUCUUCCGCCUGCUGCAGGGCAUGGUCAGCAAGGGCAGCUGGAUGGCCGGCUACACGCUGAUCACCGAGUUCGUGGGCUCGGGCUACAGGCGGCUGGUGGCGAUCCUGUACCAGGUGGCGUUCACGGCGGGGCUGGUGGUGCUGGCCGGCGUGGCCUACGCCAUCCCGCACUGGCGCUGGCUGCAGCUGGCCGUGUCCCUGCCCGUCUUCCUCUUCCCGCUCUACUACUGGUGCCUGCCCGAGUCCCCGCGCUGGCUGCUGUCGCAGAGGAGGAGCGCGCAGGCCGGGAGGAUCAUGGAGCACAUCGCGCGGAAGAACGGCAAGCCCCUCCCGGCCGAUCUGAAGAUGCUCUCCGUCGACGAGGACGCCUCGGAAAAGCGGAGUCCCUCCUUCAUAGACCUGUUCCGCACGCCCAACCUGAGGAAGCACACCUGCAUCCUGAUGUACCUGUGGUUCGCGUGCGCCGUGCUCUACCAGGGCCUCAUCAUGCACAUGGGCGCCACGGGCGGGAACCUGCACCUCGACUUCCUUUUCUCGGCGCUGGUCGAGUUCCCCGCGGCCUUCGUCAUCCUCCUCACCAUCGACCGCGCCGGCCGCAUCUACCCCAUGGCCAUCUCCAACACGGUGGUCGGUGCCGCCUGCCUCCUCAUGGUCUUCAUCCCCCAAGAGCUGCACUGGUUGAGCAUCACAGUGGCUUGCAUUGGCAGAAUGGGGGUCACCAUUGUGCUACAGAUGAUCUGCCUGGUGAAUGCGGAGCUGUACCCCACGUUCAUCAGGAACCUUGGGGUGAUGGUGUGCUCUUCCCUGAGUGACGUGGGUGGCAUCUUCACGCCCUUCCUGGUGUUCAGGCUGAUGGACGCUUGGGAGGACUCGCCCCUCAUUUUGUUUGGUGUGCUGGGCCUGACCGCUGGAGGAAUGACGCUGCUGCUUCCCGAGACCAAGGGGGUAGCGCUGCCCGAGAGCGUGGAGGACGCGGAGAACCUCAGGAGGAGAGCCAAGGCCAAAGACAAAGAGAACAAGACUUACCUUCAAGUCCGGAUGUCCCAACACACCAGCACCUGACAGACAGGUCCCACGGGAGCUGAGUGACCCAGCCAAAGAGC